AUGGCUAGAACUGGAAGAAAGAGAUCUAGAAAAUCUACUGGCAAUGUUCCUGAAACAAAAAAGCUAAAGAAAGAUGAUGAUAAUGGUACUCUUGAAGAUGUGGAAUCCACUAACACUGAUGAAAUAGUUGAUAAGAUCGAUAAUGAGUUUGCAGAUGUUGAAAAAUUGUUAGAAAAGAAUGAAAACUCCCAUAGAAGCAGGGAACCUGAAGCUGAAUCUGAAGUUGAACUUGAACAAUCUGAAGCUGAUAGAGCUCCAAAACCUAAGCCUAAUUCACCGACCAAUCCACUGACUGAAGCUUCUUCAGAUCCUAACCUACCUAAUCUCUUUACAGAGCUUGAACUUUCCGCUGCAACUCUUAAAGGAAUCAAAGAUAUGGGAUUCGAAAAGAUGACAGAAGUUCAGGCAAGAACGAUACCGCCUUUACUUGCAGGUAAAGAUGUUUUAGGUGCAGCCAAUACCGGUUCCGGUAAGACUUUAGCCUUUCUUAUUCCGGCCAUCGAAUUGCUUUACUCGUUGAAAUUCAAACCUCGAAAUGGAACAGGUGCUAUUGUCAUUACUCCAACCAGAGAGUUGGCUCUUCAAAUAUUUGGUGUUGCUAGAGAAUUGAUGGCAAACCAUUCUCAGACUUUGGGUAUAGUUAUUGGAGGUGCCAAUAGAAGACAGGAAGCUGAGAAGUUAUCCAAGGGUGUCAACUUAUUAAUUGCAACUCCUGGAAGAUUAUUGGAUCAUCUACAGAACACUGAGGGUUUUGUGUUCAAGAACUUAAGAUCUUUAAUUUUGGAUGAAGCCGAUCGUAUUCUAGAGAUCGGUUUCGAAGAUGAGAUUCGUCAAAUUGUCAGGAUUCUACCCAAUGAAAACCGUCAAUCUAUGCUUUUCUCAGCCACCCAGACCACCAAAAUCGAGGAUUUGGCAAGAGCUUCUUUGAAAAAAGCUCCCGUCUAUAUUAAUGUUCAAGAGAGUAAAGAUACAGCUACCGUUGCAGGUCUAGAGCAAGGUUAUGUGGUGUGUGAGUCCGACAAGCGGUUUUUAUUGUUAUUCUCCUUCCUCAAAAGAAACAUGCGUAAGAAGAAAGUCAUUGUCUUUUUCUCCUCUUGCAAUUGUGUCAAGUAUUUUGCAGAGCUACUUAACUAUAUUGAUAUUCCUGUGCUUUCCUUGCAUGGAAAGCAAAAGCAGCAAAAAAGAACAAACACCUUUUUUGAGUUCUGUAACGCCAAGAGCGGUAUUCUAUUGUCCACUGAUGUUGCUGCUAGAGGUUUAGAUAUUCCUGAUGUUGACUGGAUUAUUCAGUUUGAUCCUCCUGAUGAUCCUAGGGAUUACAUUCAUCGUGUGGGAAGAACAGCAAGAGGUACUAAAGGUAAAGGUAAAUCAUUGAUGUUCCUUAUUCCUCAAGAGUUGGGCUUCCUUCGUUACUUGAAGGCCGCCAAGGUUCCAUUAAAUGAAUAUGAAUUCCCAAAUAGUAAGAUUGCCAAUGUUCAGUCUCAGCUGGAGCAGCUUAUUAAGAAUAAUUACUGGUUACAUCAAUCCGCAAAAGAUGGUUAUAGAGCAUAUCUUCAGGCUUACGCUUCUCAUCAUCUUAAGACUGUCUACAAAGUUGAUCUAUUGGACUUGGCUAAAGUCGGCAGGUCUUUUGGAUUUCUCGUGCCUCCUAAAGUGAAUAUUACCAUUGGUUCCAGUACUACGAAGCCAAGAACCAAAAAGAGACGGCAAUGA